AUGGCAGCCGUACGGAAUAUCCAACUACGCUGUAGCUCGGAUUACAACCCCAGAGGAACGACCUUGUCUCUUGGGUGGACAGGCGAAGAGCUGCGUCGCCAUCAUGCCGCCGGUUUACGUUGCGGCGAUGACCACGAUGUCUCAAAUCGCCGGACAACUGGCAUUCUACGCGUCAGCCUGGGAGCGAUGACCAACCUGGAAUAUAUUGACUCGCUAACCAAAUUUAUCGAGGAGUUCUAUGUAGAGAAAGUUCCUCCUGUUGUGCCAUUGGGUCUGCUGGCUUUACUGCUGUGA